UCUUGACUAGGAAGGAAGUUGGCGGCUGAAGUUCUUCUAGCAAGAUAGCUACUAUUUUUUUUCAAUAAGAAAAGUGUGUUAAUUAGCGCAUACAUGUGAAACAUAAUUUGUCAUUUUAUCAGGCUCUGUGACAAUACAAUUACUAGUGGCGACAUGGAACCACAUGUACCCUUGUCAUCCUUGGGUCUCCUGGUUCCACCUCUGAGACUUAUGUCAGCCGUUAUGUGGGAGGUGGUACGGCAGAGGAAUAUAAAGCACUAUGGGAAGCUGGAGGAGUUUGUCUCGAUUGUAACAGAGGCCGUUCCUGAACUUCUGAGUAAAAGGGAGGGGAGGCUGCUGGCUCUUGGGCUGAGAGCAAGGACAACUCUGGAGUUGUUGCGCUCUGAACACCCAGAGGAUCUCAAGGCCGUUGAAGCUCACCUUGACAGAAUCCGAUCAUCUUGCAUUGAGGAGCAAACAGAUGAAGUUAUGAUUGAAGCACCUGAGGCAAACUUCAUGAAGCUGGUGCAAAGCCUUAUCGAGGACUCUGAUGGAAGGGAGCAUUUCCUUAAGAACGUGUUUCCUGUAGAGUACGGGCCAGAUUUUGACACAGCACUUCAGACUCUGGUUCAUGAGUUCUUCUCCAGACUAGAGGAGCUGCUCCCAGUGCCAGACUUCAAACAGACUGCUUCUUGGAUCAGUGCUGCCCCCUCUGUCCUAGAAGAGUACAUGCAGUGUGUGUCUAAUGGGGAUGACCUCAAGUUUCUGCUGCAGAACAAGCAAUGUCAUGGAAAGUUGGCCAAGAGUAGUACAACUCCUUUUAAUACAGAGGAUCACAUUGUAUCUUCCUUAUCUCUCCCAACCUCGCUCGAGGUUAUCAACUCAUCCCACCAACAAAGGGUCUGUGAAGAGGACAAUGAUGGCGUUCCUCAGUCUGUGAUGCUUGAUGAUGAACUGUUAAUCAGUUCUCAAGUUCCUUCCACCUCAACUGAAUGUACCACACCUUCUAAAUCCCCUCGAGUCAGACAGCAGGUCCACUACAAGUGCCCCCAGUGUGGGAGGACAUUUAAGUAUCAGUAUGAACUUCUUGAGCACCAAAGAUCCCACACAGGAGUCAAGCCUUAUAAGUGCUCAGAGUGUGGAAGGGCCUUCACCACAGCCACUGCCCUUGCUGGUCACAGGCUAAGAAAAUGCCGGAACGCUGCUUAUCUCUGCAUUAAAUGUGGGAGCAGCUUUGGAUCUUCUGUUGAGAAGUUUAGACACCAGUGCCCGCAACAAAUACAGGGCAAGAAGCUAGACUGCCCACAUUGUGGAAAGAGCUUCAAAAGGACAAGUAACCUGAGGGACCAUCUGCUCACUCAUGCCCAGAACCGUCUCUUCAAGUGCAGUCAUUGUGGGGAGGGUUUCCCAGGAAUUGGUGAGUUGAAGUACCACCAGAGGGUCGAUCAUGAGAAACCCUAUCAGUGCAGCCAGUGUGGCAGGAGCUUCAUUUCCACUAAAUGUCUGGCGAAACAUGAACGACGCCACGAGCAAGCUUCGUCUCAGUCAAAAGGAAUGGGUCAUGGGGCUGCCAAGUCAAUGACUGGCACAAAACACAAGAGAAGUCCUGUUUCUCAGACUACCUCCCUCUCAACCACAUUUUCAGUGUCCUCCACGAAGAAUGCAGCAAAAACUGUCUAUCCACGACAGAGAUACGCCCACAGCUGCCCCCAGUGUGGGAGGUGUUUUAGGUAUCGAUUUGAGUUUCUGGACCACCAAAGAUUCCACACAGGAGUAAAGCCUUACAAAUGUUCUCAGUGCGUGAAAGCCUUUAGAACAGACGCCCACCUGGCCGGGCACAGGAAGAGGAAGUGCAAAAAUGCCGCCUACAUAUGCACCAAGUGUGGGGUAAACUUUAGAUCUCUACAUGACAGGGUCAGACACCAGUGUACACAACAGGCCCAACGUUAUGACUGUUCACACUGUGGCAAGAGCUUCCCGAUGUCCCACCUACUGAGGAACCACCAGCUGAGCGAACACCAGCUACCUUACAGCCAAGACCACCGUUUCAAGUGCAGGUACUGUGAGGAGACUUUCCCAGGGAUCAGCGAGUUGAAGUUGCAUCAGAGAUAUGAUCACGACAAACCCUACCAGUGCAACCAAUGCGGCAAGAGUUUCAUUUCCGAGAAAUGUCUGACAAACCAUGAGCUGCGGCACAGCGAGGAGAAACCAGAGGUCUGUCCCCACUGUGGGCGGGGCUUUAGGAACAGGUAUGACCUGAAGCAGCAUGUACGUACCCAUACAGGAGAGAGACCAUAUCAGUGCACAGAGUGUUCCCAGUGUUUCUCCACAGCAGGAGGUUUGAGGAGUCACAUGAGGGUCCACACAGGUGAGAAGCCCCACGUCUGUCCAGACUGUGGGAAAGCUUUCUCCCAGAUGGGAGCUAUGCGGACCCAUAGGCUCACCCACACAGGUGAGAGGCCAUUCAAAUGCACUGUCUGUGGCAAAGGAUUCACGAUGGCCAGCAAGGUAACGCAGCACAUGCGCGUGCAUACUGGGGAGCGCCCAUACAUCUGCCCUGAAUGUGGGAGAGGUUUCACAGAAGCAAAUGUGCUGAAACAGCAUAUGCUGAACCACUCAGGAGUUAGACCAUACCAUUGUCAGAUUUGUACUAAGACCUACACCUGCCUCAAUCACCUGAGAAGGCACUUAAAGACUCAUGCUCAAUGACUGAUUUGAAACCUUGUGAAAUUUCCUUGUUACGGUGAGUGGUGGGGUAGGACCCAAAUGCAGGAGAGGUAGCGAGGCAGAGCAUCAAAACAAGGGUUUAUUUUUAAACUCUGAAACAGACAGGAUCCUCGCAGUGCAAGGACGAGACACAGACUGGACACAAACAGGAACCUAAACACACAGAACCAAACAAGACACAAGUGGACACGAUUAGACUAAUGAGAACUGAAACCACUCUAUGAGACACAUUUGAAGACGAUGACAGACACAGGGAAACACUAGGGCAGGGAAACACUAUGCCAGGGCAAAACCAAAAAAGCGAGGCCACAGCUGUGGACGUGACAGUCCUUGAUCGGCUGUUCAACCAGUUGCGUUCUACUUCUGUACUGCUGCAGAGAAAAGGCAUACUGACUCGUGUUCUCACUGUACUGUAAACCUGAAAUUAAUGAGGGGAAACAUUUAUCACAAUUGUCUUUGAAAUUGAAGAUUUUUGCCCUAAAUUAUUGUGGAAAUAUUAACAAAGGAUGUCACUCCAUAACUUAAGCUGCUUAAGUUUCCACAUUUAAGAAUUAAUUCUUCCAAAAUAAGUCAAAAGUUCCACUUACUAUUGUGGUAAAACAUGAGUGCUUCAAUAAGUUUUAUGCUGUUGAAAGUAUUAAUUCUGCUUUCAAAAGCAGUGAUGAUAAAAGUCAGUCUGAUAUUCAUUUUGAAUUACUCAAAUAUUUUGGAUUUUAAAAUGAGAACAUUUUGUUGGAGCUGGGUUGAUAUUUUCUGUUUACCCCUUCUAUUUGAAAAUACUGAUUUUCAUGGCAUUCAAAUAAACUUUUUCAUA